AUGGCUUCACCCAAAUUCCAGUAUCGGGGCUCGUCCUCCGAGCUCACCCUGAAAGCCUCCGAGGAUGCGGUCAAGCUGGUCCGCGAAAAGCAGCACCACGGCGCCUGGAGGGCCAAGACCGCCGACAGGGUGAGGGAGGAGGCGAAGGCUCGCGUGCUGGAGCAGGGUGGGGACCCCACAGAUAAGGCCCUUGUACUAGCUCAGAGCGAGCUUCAGCUUGGGCAGUACAGGGGUCAGACCUUCCACUGGCUGCUGGGGAAUGAUGUGGGCUACGCUUGUCACCUCAUCGCUUCCCAUGAGAGAGAGAGAGAGGAGGGAAACACCGUGCUGACGCCAUUGAUGGCCAACAAAGAUGCCCUGGCAUCCUACGCCAGGCUCUUUCCCCCAAUGGUCGCUGCCAUCAACCAGCGCAGAAUGGUGGAGGGCACACUUCCCCUGGCUGGGCUCCACGGCACAGUGCUGGGCUUCGGUGACCACCGCCAUCGCACAUACAGAUCCCUGUAUGAUGCCAGGGACACAGAGAGUCGAACCUACGUGAACUGGGUCCGUAAAGAGACUGUGGCACCAGGAUCCAAGAUGCACGCCUUCCAACAGUACAUCUUAGCUCGUGAUAAGGAGCCAUCGGAAGGUCAUGCAUCCCUGGACCCAGACACGGUCUCUGACGCGGAGCUCGUGGCCUCAGCCGCCGAGGUUGACUCUCAGCUCUCCACCAUCACGGACGACCUGCCGGCACCAGUGCCAUCCACCUCCUCCCACCACGUACCACCCCAAGCAGACAGAGCGCCUGCUACAGGUGUAGCAGAGACCGGCGGUGGUGCACAGCUGCUGCCCAGAGGCUGGAGGGCGACGCUCCCCGAGGAGCAGCAAGACUGGGUGGGCCGGGCUCUGUUCCGCAGGACGGGCGGCGGGCAGUCCGUGCUCACCACCGACCUCCGCUUGUGGUGGUAUCCACCCGGACCCCGGCUCGUCUACACGCAGCCUCCUGCAACGUCCCACCCCUUCUUCCAGCAGCCGUUCUUCCUGUGGAUGCCCUAUAGAAUGUGGGCCUACCCCCUGAAGUGCCCCACCUGCAAGAGCUCCCUCCGGGCCGCCGGCCUGUACAAGACGGUGCGGAGGGUGCUGGACAGGAGCAGGUGGUACUUCAUGGGGACGGAGUACCUGGAGUGCCAUGGCUGCAGGAAGAAGGUGGCGGGCUGGUCGCAGGCCAUCCUGGAGCAGCUGGACCUGUCGCACCGACGGGAGUUCCCCGCUGUCCUCACGUACAGGUUGGCCUGCGACAAAGCGCUGAUCAACACGCUAAAGGUGCGCACAUUGGGCAACAGCGCCACUCGCCUCCACGCCACCCUGGUGGAAGAGCACACCACGGCCUGGAUACACCAAUCCCACAAGUAUCUGGGCGUGCUGUGUAAGCUGGGGGUCGAGCGGUCACGGCCAUUCCCUCAAAUGCACCCGGUGCCCGGCGUGUCCUGGUUACUUGGGGUGUACGUCCGCGACGCCACGUCGAGGUUGCCGGAGACGAAGGCCAAGAUCACCUCCGUGUUUGGCUCCAUCUUAAAGAUGGACUCAACCAAGAAGGUCACCAACAAGCUGGCAGGCACCGCCGCCAGGUCCGCCGCCUGGUCCACAAACGUGGGCAACGAGCACGGGCAGGUGCUAAUGUCUGUCCUGACGGCGGCAGAGGGCGACAGUCUGGCAGACAUGACGGCAGGACUGAUGCGCCGGUACCGCGACGCAGGGCAGGCCCCUCCGAAGGUCCUGUACGUGGACCGCGACUGCUGCGCCAGCGGGGAACAGUUGCACGUGCGGCAGCUGUUUCAGGAGUGGCCGGAGCUGAUUGUCCGUCUGGACGUGUGGCACCUCAUGCGGCGGUUCGCCAGAGGUGUGACCACAGACGCCCACCAGCUGUACGGCCUCUUCAUGGCGAGGCUGUCCUACGCCAUUUUUGUGUGGGACGAUGAAGACGUGGCUCGCUUGGAGCGGGCUAAGCGGUCGCAGGAGGGGGCAAGCCACGUGACGCUGACUGCCAAAGAGAUGGCCCGACACUGCCGGCGUCGCACGAGGGGCGCGGAGGAAACGCGGCGGCUCAAGGCUGGACGCCUUCUGGUCCGCGAGCGACACGCAGGAGGACCCAGGCCCGACAUCUGGAGUGCAUCCAGGACCCCGCAGGAGUAG